ACCCAUUUUGACAGAAUAUGGGGGAGGAGGGUAACCUGCUUGAGUGUGGCUGAGAGCCUAACCGAAAUCGAGUUCAAGGAACCCUGACGCGUCGUCCGCGCCACGAUCGGCGCGUCUCGGCGUCCGGCAGCACGCGUGGGAAGCCUCAUGCGCUCUCAUCCAAGUGCAAUAUCGGUGCAAUCAGCUGAUGAGUUGAUGAGAGACACUCUAAUUAACAUGCAGGAAAAGUCUUGAGUUUGUGGUGUCCACCAAUUGGAUCAGAACGUUCCGUAGUGACUCGUUUGAACAUGUUGGUCAUACGGAGACUUCCCAGUUUACUGUAUCGCCACCGGCAAGUGUCGAUGGGGUUCAUUUUGACGGGUAUAUUCCUCGUUACGGUCAUAUACCUCCUCAUGGACUGGGGUGUCGUGUGUUCCAAUGUCCUCGUAGGCAGACAUGUCAAUAAACUGUGUGACAUGUACAACAGAGGUGAAAUAGUUGGAAAUUUGUGUCCAGCACUAUGCAGAGAAAAAAAGAUACGAGCACCUGCCUGUCACACAUUUCGAGGAGGCAAAGAAGCUAUAUUUUCAGCAGAAAAAGAUGAUAGUUCUCAGCUUAUUUUUAAGUACUCAGCAAAGUAUUCCAAGGACGCAGCUUUAGGUGAGGCCAUGUUCCAGCCUGACAGCUUUGGAAGAAUAUCAGUUCCAUCUGAUGCAGAAUUUAAAUAUAUGUUGCAAGAACUUCUUGUUGCCAAAUUAAAUGUAUCAGUAACAGAAAGUCAGGUGACAAACCUAAUGAGGGCAGUAAUUCAUCAUGAAUCCACACAUCCAAAAUAUGGGGAAGAGCUUGUAAAUUUGUGGCAAUUUGCACAUGAUCAUGAGUUUGUCUGCUCUGCUGUAUUUGGUGACAGAGGGGUUUUCCCUCGUCUUCUUGGAGUUUGUGGACAGUACUAUGCUGUUGAAUAUCUUGAACCAUUGCCAGUAGAUGCUGAUUGGCCUGAUAGAGUAAAGCUGGCAGUGAUGACACUGGAGCUUCUGGAGCAACUUGAAAGAGAUCUUCCUGAGCCAUUUCACUUAUGUGAUGUAAAGAUGGACCAUUUUGGUAUGACACCUGGUGCACAGAGGAUUAAGUUUCUAGACUUGGAUUCAGUUUUACCUCGCCGGUUUGCAAACCAUAUAACUGGAGAUGGGCGACAAUGCGAAAGAGAUGCUGAUUGUGAUUUCUUUGACUGUCGUUCACGAUGUGGUGAUCUCAGCGGUACAUGUGAUAAUCCAGUUACCAACAAUAAUCUGCAGAUUGUUUGUGAAAAACUUUUUGUUGGAUGGACGUUGUCAGGCACAGUUGUGGUUCCUGGCCUACUUAUGUCUCCACGAACAUCUUCAGCACUUUCAGCUCUUCUUAGGCUGUGCUCUAACCCAGACUCAGAAACAAAUGACCUUGCUAGAUCUCCUGCAUCUUCCCACACAAAGAGAAGACUAUACAUGAUGCUUUCUGAGAUGUACAGCUCUCUCAGCCUACUUGACUGAUUUAAUACAGCAUUAGAUAGUAUAGUUAUGAUCAAGUUCUGUAGAAUUUAGCUCUUUACCCAUGAUGUGAAUUAGCUUUGAAUUUGAGAAGACCCAUUUUACAAUAUGUUUGAUAGAUUUUGCACUGCAUGUCAAGUGCUCUCUGAAAGCAAACCUACAAUUACUGAGUAUUUAUGUAACCUAGAGGCUGAAUAAUAAUAGAAAAUAGAAGUUAGUAGAAUUGUGCCAUAAUUAGCUAAUUAGACCUUGUAACACUUUCUCAGUUAACUGUGCCAUAUUUAGAUAUUACAAUAAUGAGAUUACCUACAUUAUAUUAAAGUUUGAAAGAAAACAUAAAUUUUA